AUGGAGCAGCAUCAGCAGGUGGAAAGGUUGCGGGUGAGAUUGGUGCCCGCCAAGACGGCAGAGGAGCGCUCCAGGAAUAUCAUAGCCAAUGUGGUGGUGGACGAUGGCCUGGUGCCCUUUAUCGAUGAGCAGGCGGCGGAAAAAGUGACUCUUAUCCACCAGGAGGCAGCUGCUCCUGCUGUCACCAGUGCCUCCCAGCAGCCACGCCUCCGUUACUAUGCCGUGGGCCCAUCCACCUACAAGCUGCAGUGUCCCCUGUGCCGGGAGCGAAGUCAGGCGGCUGUGAUGAGGGCAGCCAGCUGCAAGGAUGCCAGCAUGUGUCUCAGUUUGCUGUCAUGUAUCUUCCCGCUCUUCUGGAUCUGUUGCGUCUGCACCUGGUGUGGCUGCAACCGGGAGUGGACCACCAAGGGAAUCUAUUGCAGUUCGUGCGGCGGCAAAGUGGGAAUCCAGCGCAAGGCCAAAUAGUUCAUUCAUCGAAUCAAUUAAAAUAAUGUUUAUUAAUGCCAAAUAUUUCACUUUUCUGCUAUAAUUCUAUUACGCACCUAACUCAAUUAAAGUCGCACCAUAAAUCAA